AUGGUCUCAGAACCAACAUCAGUAAGUGCAAAUUCAUCAAAGAAAGAAUCGAGUUCUGUGGUCAUGAGAUCAGGAAGCUGGGUAUGCACAAGUCCCAAUUAACAGAAAGUGAAUGCUGUGAUAAAUGCACCACGUCCUGAGAAUGUUUCCCAAGUUCGUUCCUUUGUUGGUCUUAUUAAUUAUUACCACGAUUUCCUUCCAAACCUUUCUACCUUACUUCAACCACUAAACCAGUUGCUCGAAAAAAAGAGACGGUGGAAAUGGACCUCGGAAUGUGAGCAAGCUUUUCUGAAAGCAAAGGAGUUAAUUGCAUCCGAGGAAGUCCUUGCACAUUAUGACCCUCACGAUCAACGCCCAAUCAAGUUAGAAUGCGAUGCAUCUCCGUAUGGGUGGUGGCAGCUUUAACACAAAUCAUGGGUGAUAAUACUGAAUGACCAAUAGCUUAUGCUUCAAGGUCCCUUCUAUCUAUUCUCAGAUAGAGAAGGAAGCAUUGGCUUUAGUAUGGGGUGUGAAGAAAUUCCAUACUUACAUAUUUGCACGACAUUUCACCCUGCGAACAGAUCAUAAACCAUUGACAGCAAUUUUUAGUCCAACCAAAGCUAUACCAGCAACGACUGCUGCUCGAGUCCAACGAUAUGCAUUAUUCCUUUUAGGGUUUGACUACGAGAUUGAACACCGUAGUUCAACACAGCAUUGUAAUGCAGAUGGAUUGUCCCCUUUACCUCUAGCAACAACUGAAGAUGAAGAAAAUCUGUCUGUUGACCCGGUUGAGGCAUUUCAUGUAUCACAGUUCAGCAUUUUGCCUGUCACUUGGCAGCAAGUACGCAAAGCAACCCAACGAGAUUCUACCCUGGCCCAAGUGUAUGAGCAUGUCAUGAAAGGCUGGCAUGAAAAUAAAGACCCCAACCUGCAACCCUUUUAUUCCCGAAGAAACGAUCUAACUAUGCACCAAGGAUGUAUUAUGUGGGGGGAGCAGAGUUGUCAUUCCCACAAAGUUACGAAGCGAAGUACUACAAGUAUUACACGAAAGUCGUGUUUGUGUGGUUAGAAUGAAAGCUCUGGCUAGAAGUUACGUUUGGUGGCCAGGAAUUGAUUUGGAGAUUGAAAGGAUGCAGUGGUUGCCAGCGGGUUCAACAUGCCCCAAAAUACUCACCAUUACACCCAUGCGAGUGGCCAUCUACCCCCUGGCCACGUAUUCAUGUCGAUUUUGCAAGACCAUUUCUUGUAAUGAUAUUUUUAGUGAUUGUUGACGUUCAUUCCAAAUGGCGAGAGGUAAUAAUCAUGCACUCGAAAACAACCACCUCCAAAACUGUCGAAGCCCUGCAAACAGUGUUUGCUCGAAAUGGGUUACCAGAACUACUGGUUAGCGAUAAUGGCCCUCAAUUCACUGCAGAAGAAUUCCAGCUAUUUCUAAAGAAAAACAGAGUUAAACACGUAACUUCAGCACCAUAUCAUCCAACCACUAACGGCUUAGCAGAAAGAUUCAUUCAAACCAUGAAACAAUCUUUGACUUCAAUGAAGGAAGACCUUGGCUCCACGUAGACCAAACUAUCCAAAUUCUUAAUGAAAUAUAGAAACACACCACACAGCACGACUGGUGAAACACCAGCAACUCUCUUCAUGGGACGAAAUUUACGCACACGGUUAGACUUGAUCAAACUGGAUAUUUGAAAGCAUGUUAUAGAGAAACAAGUCAGCCAAGCCAAACCCAAAGGUGAUAUUGCUGGUAAUGCAGUUAGUGUCAGAAAUUACAGAGAGAAGGAAAAGUGGAUUCAAGAAAUUGUGCGUGCUCGAACCGGACCAGUGUCAUGCCAGGUCGAGAUUGCACCAAAUGUUAUUUGGAGGAGACACAUCGAUCAAUUACUUGCCUCGGAGAACAUAAAUGACACUCAAGAUCUUGAACCAGUUACAGAUAUUCCAGGUUUGGCCAAUGAAAAUAAUACUGAAGACGAAACAGCCGUGGACAUACAAGACCAACAGGAGACUUUAAACAGGUGA